GAUCGAAAAUGGGUGUGAAAAUGGUAGGCAAUAUCUACUAAUCUGAUGUAUAUUAUAUCAAGCUUUUCUCUAGUAAUGUGUGUGUGAUGUAUUUCCGAUGCAUACUUGCUUUUGCUAGUUUUCAUUUCUCAUGAUGUACUAUAUUUCACAUUGCUGAAUGUUUUGAUGGAUUCGAUCUGAACGAUUAAUUGAUUUUGAACCGUUCAAAUAUACCUCCGUGAUCUUGAAUGCACCCCUUGUGUUCGACAAAUAUAAUAAUGAUCCGUGAUGAGGGGAAAGGCAAAUGUUCUCCGCAGCGAUACACGGCCACUAACACACACCAACGUUAUAUGUUUUCAUUAUCUUUUUUUUCUAGAUGAUAAAGGUCGGUGUGUCAGAUCGAUAAUAGGUUGAUAACGCUAAUCGAGAUAUGGCAGCAGUCAGCUUCUCCGAGGCGCUCUGUCAGCCGUGCGUUUAUCACGAGAAAUUCAGAGGUAAGUCGAGCAUCAUUAUUUUCUAAAUGUAUUGCAUGUGCGAUUUAACAGGUUAUCACACGACGUACAAUGGCGUACUGCUUUGAUUUAUUUUAUUUUCGCAUUGUACACAUAUUCUCGCGUACAAUAAGGUUUCCUCUGUUCUACACAUUACAUUCCUAGCUAUCUGUACUAUUCUAAACGUUGCAAUCCUCAACAACAAAAGAAACCUUACCUGUGCUGAAACCCCUGUGGUCAGUUGAGCUGAAUGUGAAGAGACCCCUGAUGCCUGUCCACCUGAGUCCAGAGCAGGUGGGCCUGGAGAUGCUGUAUCUCUGUGGACAACUGGACCUUCUCAUCAGGGCACAGGUACACCAGGUGAGAACUCAUGCACCCCAUCUGAGUAUACCCUUCCUCACCAGAACUUACUGAUACACUUGAGUAUGAGAGUACUGUCAUGGAUAACUUGAGACAUUUUGAUAUUGUGUAUUUGGAGAUAAACUGUAUUAUGUUUAGUAGACCUACUCUAUGUAGAUGUGCACAUCCUCUUUUGAAAUGUAUUUUCACUCCCAUUCCCCUGUAAAACAGUUCCAGGAGCAGCUGAGACAGGACUGUAGCCCUGAGGAGUCGGACACUUUCCAGGAGCAAGGUGAGUCUCAAUCAGAACAGAACAGAUGCUCUAAAGUAGGCCUAACACUAACUGCAGCUCUUGUCACCUUGCCUACUGUACCACAGACCUGUGAUUCCUACUAGUGUCUAAUGCCCCUUUGUAUUUAUCCAGGGGCAGAGAUUAUUGACCAGAUGCUCCAAUGCUUAGAACACCUGCCAAAACCUAUGCCGCACCUGGAGGUAGUACCACAUCUACCUAUAACAACAUAUAAAUAUAGCGGGAGGCAGCAAGUUUCACGUUUUAUUAGUCGUAUGUAAGGGAUACACAUGGUAUACACCGUCCAACUAAAUGCUUACUUGCAGGUUCCUUCUCGACAAUGAAACAACAAUUAGAACUAAUUAAAGAUAAGAAUACAAACAUGAAGUAAAUGGCUCCGUAGAAUAAACAUUUUAGCGUAAGUAUAAUACAGGAAGGCACAUUUUAUAGUCCAAUAUUUACACUUGUUUUGGGGAAGGGCGGGGUUCAAGCUAUGGCCAUACAGUGCCACCAUCAGGACAAAUUGGACACAUCGCCCUAGGAUUAGCUACUUCUGUACUCCUUACCACGCUUGCCAAAUAUCAGAACUCAAAAUCAAACAGAUUGUGCAAUAUGCUUUUAAUAUAUUUUGGAGAAAAAAAUUAUGUCGACUUUAAAUGUCUAGACCAAUCGGCAAGACUCUAGCUCAAUUAAUAUGGCCGUUAUAAGCCAAUAAGCUUCUAUGAAUGGCUUUUCCUAUCCAACAGCGCCCCCAUGCGGCCAAACAGAACCAUACUAUACAGGUUAGCUAGACUCACAUCCCUGGGCAUCAGGGAUGUAGUGCUGCCGGAGCGCAACUUUUUUUGAUUUGAGAAUACAUGAAGCUGGUAAAAAUAUUUCUGGACAAUUAUUUCUGAAGCUGAAUCAAUGUCCCGCAAGAUCACAUAUAGAUGAAUGAGUAUUUUACAUAACAGAACCGAAUAUAAUAACAUAGCAUAGUAGGCCUAUAACGUUAAUGUUGCACCAAAAACGCCUCCUCAUUUCUAUUGAGAUUUUAAGAGCUGAAGCUAAAUAGUCACAUUGCUUUUCUCAUGUGGCCAAAACUCAACAGCACACGCCACUAGGCAGAAUAUAUGCUUUGAUUGAAACAAAAUACAAGAAAGGCUAAUAGUUUGUUAACACCAUCUGCUCUAGUUCGCUCACGAAACAGUAAUUGAAGAUCUAAAUGCAUAUUCCCAUAUUCCCAUGAAACUGCUUAAGACCAAGUGAUUGGCAUGCAGACACAGUUUGGACAUUUCACCGGUAAAAUGUGAAGAAUUAUCAUUCAUGAUUGUCAGUGAUGAUAGCCUAUUUUUGAAAUGAGGUAUGGCUAACUUGGUGUUUGAGGGUAUCUAAAAUAGAACAUUUCUUGAGAUAAUAUGUGUGGGCAUAGGCAGACAUUGAAAUUGGAGGAUGCAUUUUAUGCACAUUCUAUACUAAUAUUCAAUAGGCUACAUCUGUCUGUACACAUUUUAAUUGAGAAAUAAUGAUGUAAAAAAAAACAUAUUUUCAUGACUCUGGGUCAAACAGAUCAAGAGAUAAAUAUGUGCCCAUUAUAGCGCCACAAUGUGGUCGAUCUGACUGCGCUUGCAUAUGUUUAGUCUUUACAGUGUUUAGAACAUGUACAUCAAGUUAUGAUAUGAAUAACCGUGUAUGAUUUACAUGCAUUUAUGUCUUAAAUCACGCCCACUUGAAUAUUUAUUGGUCCAUGUUGUUUAAGAUACUAGCCUGGAAAAUAUUACAUUGCGAGACCUUGGUUCAUAGAUACUAUAUAUCAAGUUUCAUGACAAUCGGUCAUUCGGUGCCAGAGUAGCGGACCUUAUGGUUCCUUGAGGCAAAUGUGUUCUUUGUGAGGAGAGAAACUUAUAUACUGAAUUCCAUGACUCUAGGUCACACAGGGUCAGGGGGGUGAGCUUUAAAAGUUAGCAUUUUCAGUCACUUGUUAUAGCCCCACCAUGUGACCAAUUGGCAUGGCAUUGCAUUAGAGGGUGUGGCCCUUGGCCCUUUACCAUCAUGCAAGGUUACAUCCUCUGUCUUUUUUUCACCAAAUCUGUGGAGAACCGGAAUAAUGAACGCUAACAAAUUUAAUUGGGUUUGACCCAGCUUCGCUGCUUGAACCCCUAAUAAGUAUGUAAUUCAUCUGUUGAUCUUCUAUGCCAUAGAUAUUCUCAAUUAUUUUUAAGGAUAUGUUUAAAAAAAAUUAUGAAUGUGAUUUGUCAGAAUUGUGAAUGAUGUGUGGUUUUCUCAGGACUAUCUGGACAUGGUGGGUCUGUCGACCAUGUACCCUCGCGUGGAGGUCUUCCUCAUCCAGGGCAGUCCAGUAGACAUGCUGGAGAAACCCCCAAUGGACGGUAGGAUCAGGGGUUAGAGCAGCCCAGUGGAGACACCCCUAUUGAUGGUAUUGAGUCAGGGUUUAAGGGGUCAGUUCAGUUCAUCUUUAUUUUGACAAGAUAGUCCACUCAGCAAUAAUUAUUGUCCCAGUCAGGGGUUAGGGAGCCCUAACAGAUCAAGCAGUAGAUCAAGCAGUGACACCUGAUUCAACUUAUCAUGGUCUUGAAUUUAAACUACAGUUAUUUGAACCAGGUGUGUAAAAACUGGUCUUGAACAAAAACCUGCCCUUCAGGACUAGAAUUGCCCACACUAUAUCUACACUGAACAAAAAUAUAAACGCAAUAUGUAAAGUGUUGGUCUCAUGUUUCAUGAACUUAAAUAAAAGAUCCCAGAAAUGUUCCAUACGCACAAAAAGUGUAUUUCCCUCAAAUGUUGUGCACAAAUUUGUUUACAUCCGUUAGUGAGCAUUUCUCCUUUUCCAAGAUAAUCCAUCCAAUUGACAGGUGUGGCAUUUCAAGAAACUGAUUCAACGUAAUGAUCAUUACACAGGUGCCUCUUGUGCUGGGGAUAAUGAAAGGCUACUCUAAAAUGUGCAGUUUUGUCACACAACACAAUGCCACAGAUGUCUCAAGUUUUGAGGCAGCGUGCAGUUGGCAUGCUGAUUGCAGGAAUGUCCACCAGAGCUGUUGCCAGAGAAUGUAAAUGUUAAUUUCUCUACCAUAAGCCGCCUCCAACAACAUUUUACAGAAUUUGAUAGUCCAACCGGACUAUCGUCCAACCGGCCUCACAACCGCAGGCCACAUGUUACCACCCCAUCCCAGGACCUCCACAUCAGGCUUCUUCACCUCCAGGACAGCUGAUGAAACUUUGGGUUUGCACAACCAAAUAAUUUCUGCACAAACUGUCAGAAAUCUGCAUGCUAGUCGUCCUCACCAGGGUCUUGACCUAACUGCAGUUCGGCGUCAUAACCGACUUCAGUGGGCAAAUGCUCACCUUCGAUGGCCACUGGCACGCUGGAGAAGUGUACUCUUCACGGAUGAAUCCCGGUUUCAAUUGUACCGGUCAGAUGGCAGACAGUGUGUAUGGCGUUGUGUGGGCGAGCGGUUUGCUGAUGUCAACGUUGUGAACAGAGUGACCCAUGGUGGCGGUGGGAUUAUGGUAUGGGCAGGCAUAAGCUAUGAACACAAUUGCAAUUUAUCGUUGGCAAUUUGAAUGCACAGAGAUACCGUGACGAGAUCCUGAGGCCCAUUGUCAUGCCAUUCAUUAAAAAUGUCCCAGUUCUUCCAUGGCCUGCAUACUCAACAGACAUGUCACCCAUUGAGCAUGUUUGGGAUGCUCUGUUCAGGAUGCUGUGUUCCAUUUCCCGCCAAUAUCCAGCAACUUCACACAGUCAUUGAGGAGGAGUGGGACAACAUUCCACCGGCCACAAUCAACAGCCUGAUCAACUCUAUUUGAAGGAGAUGUGUCGCGCUGCAUGAGGCAAAUGGUAGUCACACCAGAUACUGACUGGUUUUCUGAUCCACGCCCCUACCCUUUUUUUUAAAGGUAUCUGCGACCAACAUAUGCAUAUCUGUAUUCCCAGUCAUGUGAAAUCCAUAGAUUAGGACCUAAUGUAUUUAUUUCAAUUGACUGAUUUCCUUAUAUGAACUGUAACUCAGUAAAAUCUUUUAAAUUGUUUAUAUUUUUGUUCAGUGUAGUAUGCAAUGGUUAUAAGCAGUUUAUAAGCAGACAUUUCACCUUAUAAACUGCUUAUACCUAAGAUUGUGUCUCUGUUGCAGAAUACUUCUCACACAUCGGGAGGCUCAAUCAGCUACUAGUACUUAGUCAGCAGCUAGAGGAGGAUGUGAAACAUCUCGGGAGCCACAAAUACAUCGCCCACCAGCUGUCAGUCAUAUAUGUAAGUGAAUAUGGUCUACUCUACUCAUUUCUAUUCUGUAUAUUCUAUUCUAUUGGUAGCCGAUCAGUCCGCUCUCUAUGUGUAUUAUAUUCAUAGGUCAAACUCGACAGUACAAUAAUAAUUUCCCCCAUUGCACAUACACGGUUUCACAGUGAUUUAGACACUUUAUCUUACCUGUGUUGUAGCAAGUGCUCAGCUCAUUCCGAGGCAUCCAGCCGCUGUCAGUCCUGAAGAAAGAGAUUGAGGCCAACUUCAGACAGAUGAAGACGUCUUUGGUGACAGAGGAGGGCUCCAGGCAGGAGCCUCAGCUCCCAGCAUACUACAUCAGCUGGUGAGAGCAGGAGCUAGGGCUUUACAUUAUGGACUGCAUUCAAUUAUCACACUUUGCUUGCAGUGCAGUGAGUGCACCAUGUUUCACUAUCAGGCCAACCUAAUCGUAACUCCAAACCCAGUUAUUAUUCAUUGGUUUAAUGUGAUAACUUUACGGUGAUAAUCAUAGUCUACUCUUUUGGAAUGUGUGUCCCUACAGGAUAUUAGAGCUGACUCGCAGUAUAACGUCGACAGUCUCCUCGCUACCAGAGGAGCUCACUGAAGACCUGAGUCCAGCCAUGACAUUUGUGUCCCAGCUAUGACAUCAGACCUGACCUCUACCUGACCUCACAACACUUAACAUUGGGCCUGUGUUAACUAUUACCAACCCGUGGAGCUGAGGGUCAACAUUUUAUACUUUUUUAAAAAUUAAUUUCCGACAGACCCACCCAGUGAUUCAAGAAUGAUGUUUUGACAUAUCAAUGUCAUUUGAUUGAAUAGGGUCCCGAGCGCUCAUUGGUUAACCGGAUUAAUGUGUUAUGUGUUAGGCCAAAUGUCUAAAAAGAGGUGCUAAAUAAUGUUACUGUAUGAAAUUGCAUUUUAACAAAUUAAUGUUUACAUUGGCCAAUAAAUUAAAUUGAGAGAUAAGCCUAUAG